UCUGCUUUGGUCCCCGGAUGUAACCAGGUGAAUGGUCUUCACACACCUCCCGAUUUGGUCAGGUUGAGAGGGCACGUUGAGGUGAUUGGGGCAGAGGACCAGGGUUGUUGAGUAGGAGUCCCAGGAACAUCUCAGAGGAGAUUAAAGGCCUUAUCACCAUGAAGAAGCUCUCCAGCUUCUGGGGAAAGCGCAAGAUGGAUAAGUUCCACAGCCAUUUCUCUGAUCUGUCCAUGAGCAUGGCCGGUACCACCUCCAGCCUGUCCACAGGUAGGGGACAUCACCGUGGAGAGAAGCACACAAAGAAACUUCACAAAGCUGCUUCAGAUGGCAACGUGGAGAAGUUGAAGGUGUACCUUGAACACAAGAAGCAUGAUGUGAACGGGCAGGACCAAAAAAACAGAACACCUUUGCAUUUGGCCUGUGCUAAUGGAUAUGCAGAUAUUGUGUGUCUCUUAAUUGAGCAUCAAUGCAAAAUUAAUGUCCAGGAUAAUAAAAACAGGACCCCAUUGAUGAAGGCAGUAGAGUGUCAACAGGAGAAUUGUGCCACUGUUCUUCUACAGAAUGGUGCAGACCCAAAUUUAGUGGACUUUUACGGUAAUACUGCCCUCCACUAUGCUGCUUGUGGUAAAAAUAUCUCAAUAGCCAACAAAUUGCUCGAAUACAAAGCCAACCUUGAAGCUAAAAAUAAGGAUGGCUACACUCCAUUUUUACUUGCCGUUGCUGCAGACAAUGAAAAUAUGUUAGAAUUCCUUGAAGAGAAAGGAGCAGAUGUUAAUGCAUCAGAUAACAAAUACAGAACAGCCAUUAUGAUUGCUAUCACUGCUGAACCAACAAGUUCUGUAAAACUUCUUCAUCAACGAGCUAAGGGCGUAUCUCGCAAAGAUAUUUAUGGACUUACAAUUGAGGACUAUGCUUCUUUAAGUGUCCUUACUAAGUUUCAUCAGAAAGGUGACAAUAAUGGAAACAAGAAGAACAUGCAAUCAAUGCUUACUGGCUAAGCAGCUCUUCCUGUUACUUUAUAUUUGCUUUCAAGAAAUUUACUCUUCAGAGUAAUAAAAACUAUGGAAUUAAA